GUAAACAUUUGUCACAGCUUCUUGGUCAGGAAUAAAUUUGAGUCAGUUGUGAAAUUGGAAUUAUUCGACCGAACAAGCUAUUAUUUUAUAGAAUCUCAAGCUGAUGAGCUUGGGAAAGCGGCAAAAUGGGCACUAUUAAGUCAGGAUGGCUCAAGAAACUCAGCGGUUUCUUCAAGAAUACGUGGAAAGACCGCUACUUUGUUUUGUAUCAAAAUGGCGAUUUCUGUUACUAUCAAGAUCCCAAGGAUACAGAGGUCGACGGCAGAAUUAAUAUGAGGAGCGAAUGUAAGCGCAUAGCUGUGGGAAAUUCGGUUGGUGACGGAGUCCAGAAAGCACCGAAAGAUAUUGACACCUUGUUUAGUGUUGUUUCUAUUGAACGGACGUGGUUCCUCGUUGCCGAGUCAGCCUCUGAUGCAAGAGAUUGGGUGGCGGCUUUGCAACAAGCGAGAUCGCCAGCACCGUCCUACCCUACUGCCAGCACUAUGACCACAGGUCCUCCAACAUCACAACCUGUGGCAUAUGGAUACCCUACUGGACCUCCACCACCAUACAGCCCCAUCCCUCCACAAGUACCUUACCCAGGAGCUGCAGGCCCACCAAUGCCACACCCUACAGCAUCUGUUUAUCCCCCGCCUGGUGGUUACCCACCAACUUCAUAUCCACCACAGCCAUACCCAGCGCAACCUUACCCACAGCAAGGCUAUCCUCCACAGCCUCCACCCCAAGCAUAUCCACAGCCAGGAUAUCCACCACAGGGAUACCCACCAACUGGCCCCUACCCCCAAACCCAACCUGGUUAUGCUGGUGCCACGCCCCAAGCACAUUACCCCCAGCAGCCAUAUGCUGGCGCCCAGCCACAACAGACUGUUUACGUGCAGCAGCCAACUAAGAGCAAAUCUAAAGGAAACAAAAUGCUGAUGGGUGCAGGUGCAGGGGCGCUGGGUGGGGCUGCCAUGGGGUACAUGUUAGGAAGGGCAACAGGUGGAUUUGGUCAUCAUGGUUUUGGAGGAUGGGAUUCUGAUCAUUCCUGGUCCUCUGGUGGAAGUUUUGAUUGUGGUUUUGAUUAAUUGGUCUCACAUGCAGUGGAAGCGGACAAAGGUGCGCUUGAGCAAGAAGAGUCUUUAGCAAUUGGUUGGGGAUUGGAGGUUGGGAUUCUGAUCAUUCCUGGUCCUCCGGUGCAAGCGUUAGAUGUGGUAUUGGUUCUGACUAAUAACAAUUUUGAAUUCCAAACAAUCUACAAUAAGACUUUCAGCUAUGAGACAAUAUUGGCUAACAUUUUGUUGUUUAUUGCCAAUGAUCCAACUCAUAGAUGUGGUAAAAUCUGUAGAUAGGUCAAUGUACCAGGGACUAAAUAGUGCAAGCAUAAAAUAAAAGCAUUAAAUGCAGGGUGCCAUAAACUGUAUUUUCCAUUAUAUAAAAGGGUUAUGUAGGAUGCAUCAAGAUUAAGAGAAGGUUAUGUAAGUUGUGUCUUACAUAAUGGAAAAUACACCUCAUAUACAUUUCAAUGAAGGUUGUCAGUGCGAAUGGUGAAUGGCAAUUGCCAAAUGGCAGGGUAGUAAUUAUUUGUAAAAAUAAAGGUGAUAAAUAAACUUAAGCUAUACCAGAACCAUAUAAUAAUUAUAUUAAAUGGAUAGCAGUAUGUAUUAUUUAUAUUUUUCUAAAUUGGAAACAAAUAUUGUGGGAUCCAUGAGUCCUUUCGGUCGUAGAACUGCCAUUUAUCAAUGAGCAUUUGCACUGACAACGUUUUUAUGAAAUAGGUGUAUGUCAUAUGGAUAAAAAGUGAAAAGCUCAUCAAUGCUGGCUACUAUUGAGUAAACAUUCCUUAAAUAGGGUGUUCUCUUUAAAAAGGUGGUGUUUUAUCAGGAUUUACACAACUUAGGUUUGAAUAUGCAGUUAGCAGGUGUUGAAAUACAAUACUUUUAUCAGAGGAAAAGAGAGGGCCAAAUAACAUUUCUUGUAUAGCUUAUAAAUGCAAACUAGCAAAAAUAUUUUGUGGUUGUAUAGCUUUUAAAAAUAAAACAUGUCUUAAACAGUA